AGAGAGAGAGAGAGGCGCACCGGACAGAUCCGCCGUUAGAAAAAUGACCGUGGAGAGAAUAUUCGACGAGCUCGGACAUUUCAAAAGAUUUCAGGCAUGUCUGUACUUUGCCGCAGUCUUCCAGGCCAUCGCCUGCGGCAUCCACUACCUGGCCUCUGUCUUCUUAGUGCAGACGCCAAACUUUGUGUGCAGCGUGCCUGGCAACAUCACCGAUGUCCUGUACGGCAACCUGACGGCAUCGAGCCUGGAAGACAUCUUGCCGGUCUUCAAGUCGGGCACCGGGCCCUUGGUGGUGAAGACGACUGAAGGUGCGCAGUGGGAGCUCAGCCAGUGCCGCAGCGCCCUGCGCAUCGACCCCAAAUACUUUACGUACGACUUUGAUGGCAACAAAACGGCGACAGCCUGCGAUGGGAACUUUGUUUACGACCACACUGAAAUUCACCAAAGCAUCGUGACGGACUGGGACUUGGUGUGCGAGAAUGAGUGGCUGGCCAAGCUGUGCCAACCCACCUUCAUGCUGGGGGUUCUGAUCGGAGCGCUCGUGUUUGGCGACAUCGCUGACAGAGUUGGCCGUGUGAGGAUCCUGAUGUUCACCAGCGUCUGUCAGUUCGGGUUCGGGGUGGCUGUAGCGUUCUCCGGAAACUACUAUUUAUUUGUGGUGCUCCGCUUCCUCCUUGCCAUGGUGUCCAGCGGCUACCUGGUGGUGGUGUUUGUCUACGUCACGGAGUUCACUGGCAUCAAAGUACGCACAUGGACCUCGAUGCACGUGCACGCGGCCUUUGCUGUCGGCGUCAUGGUGGUGGCUCUGACCGGUUACCUGGUGCGGGUCUGGUGGAUCUACCAGAUCAUCCUCUCCACAUGCACAUCGCCCUUCCUGCUCCUCUGCUGGAAGUUCCCAGAGACGCCCUUUUAUUUGAUGGCCAAGGGCCGCUACAAGGACGCUCAGACCCUGGUGGACGCAAUCGCCAGCUUCAACGGCAUUGAAUGCAAACUGAAGGUGCAGGAACUCCUGGAGCCGGAGGAAGGAGAGAACGGAGGAGCUCUGCUGGACGAGGCAAAGGAGCCGUCACGGCCCCAAAAGAAGCUGUCCAUUCUGGAUCUUUUCAGAACCUGGAAGAUGGCUCGUCGUACAUGUACAGUGUGGGCCAUCUGGUUCAUCGGCAGUCUGGGCUACUACGUCUUUUCUUUGGGCUCAGUCAACCUCGGAGGAAACCAGUACAUGAACCUCUUCCUGGCUGGUGCAGUGGAGCUUCCCUCUUACCUGGUUGGCUGUUUUGCAAUGGAGCGGAUUGGCAGGAAGAAGACCUGUGCCCCCUCCCUGAUUCUGGCCGGGAUCUCUUGUAUGCUCAUCAUUGUGGUACCUGCUGACAUCGAUGCACUGGCCAUUGCUCUCGCCAUGACAGGGAAGUUUGCCAUUGCUCUAGCCUUCGGCCUCAUCUACCUGUACACCUGUGAGCUUUACCCAACCAUCAUCAGGUCUCUGGCCGUGGGUAGUGGCAGUAUGAUGUGCCGUGUUGGCAGCGUGGUUGCACCCUUCUGCGUGUACCUGGCUGAUGUCUGGAUAUACCUACCACAGCUCAUCGUGGGAAUCCUGGCAUUCAUUAUCGGUGUGCUGACGUUGUGGUUGCCCGAGACCCUGGGCAGACCUCUAACAACCACUUUUGAAGAGGCUGAAGCUCUGGGAUCCGAGCCCAGCAAGAAGGACUCAGCCCUGGGCAAUAAAGAUGCUGAGGAAGGGCUGGAGAUGAACCAUCGGAAAGCCAAGGCCUGAGUUUGAAACUGCUAGAGGUCCCAAGAGACUGAAAUACUAACGUCAUCAUGAUUUUGUGGAUUGUUGGAAAGAAAAAACGCGUGAACUUGAAAUUA